AUCGGUGGCGCAGGCUCCGUCGCACUGAUAACACAAUGACUUAUCACCCUCCCACCACGGCCACCAGCAGGCUGACCUUGGUCGGUUGAUAAUCCGUGUGGCGCUGUCGCAAUACUCACAGGUGUGAGCCGUGAGGCGUUCGCUGUUUACUGUUUAGUGUUCUGUCUUCUGUGCCGAGCGCUUGAGAGUCAGCUCUGUCUGGGAGUGCGUUUGCCGGUCACAUUUUCACAACCUCGGCGACAAGGCUAUGAGCAGCAAGUGUCUGUCCUCGAACUCUCCAACGACAUAUCCAUUCAUCAAUCCAGUAUUCCAGUCGUGUUCCAGGUUCCGACACAGCGAGUGAUUGUUUGUUUUGUUUUUGAAACACUCGAGUCACUAUGAAGGUCAAUUUUUACACCUUUAUAUGUUAAAAUUACGUCUUGUAUCAACACAUUUCCUUAAGCAGCCAUAAAAGCAUUAAAAUGUGCCGUGAUUGGGAUAUGAUUAUCUAAUUUUUAUAUUGAUAUAAAUUUGAAUUUAUAAACUGUGUCAAGCUGUUGAAAUUACUGCAGUGGUUUGCAGGAUUUACCCAGAGUUUGAAUUGUAUGAAAAUGAAACUAACUUUGUGUUGUACCGACACACAUAUGCUUAGUAAGCAGGUUGAAACAAAAUUUGAGAUGUUAUUAGAAGAAUAUAAUUCAGAAAAAUUGAUUUUGAUUGGUAUGCCGUUGGAAAAAUUGCCAUUGAAUCGUGAUGGGUUACCACUUAUUGUAGAAAAUAUAAAUGAUUAUAUAAUUGACAAAGGAUUAUAUGAAGAAUGUCUAUUUGAUGACGCAUAUUCAACUAAUGGACGUAAAGCCAAUAUUAUAAAUGCUUAUGAAUUAGUGAGUGGUUCAAGGAAAAGUUGUAAAACAAUCCUAGAUAUUGAUGCAGUAGAUGUUGCAUCAGUGUUGAUUAUGUGGCUUUACUACUUACCAGAACCAUUGAUAUCUUCAACACAAUUUUCAAUGAUUUGUGAUCUCAAUGUCAAUAAAAAAUAUAGUGAAAUUAUUAAGUCCAUGGACAAUAUUAGCAGACUAACUUUACAAGGAGUGAUGAACAUUGUGGAUUCUUAUGAGAAGCAACACAAGUCAUAUAAGGAGAAACUAGGAAUUCUUUUCACACUGCUUUUGACAAAACACGUAGAUAUUGUUAGCCAAAAUAAUUCGUCACAAUUUUUGGACAAUUUAAAGGUUGUUUUGAUGAAAGCAGAAGUUAAUUAUGAUGAACCGGAAUAUAGUAUUGGUUUUAAUAAAAAAACAGGAAAGAUAAAAUCUUAUUCUAAUCAAGAUGAAAAUGAGUUUAAUAAAUAUAAUCUAUGUAACAAGAAGAAUCUAUUUCGCAGGUCGUUCAGUGAUGAUGGAUUACGCCUAAACGCUGUUGUGGAUGAUGUUGAUGCAAAAGUUAAAUGUUCAGCUUUGAUGAAAUCAAGUAGCUGUAAUCUGACUGAAUUUUUUUCGGAAGAGGACGUUCAUUACAACUCAUUUAUCAAUGAUUUAUCAUAUGAUAAGAACAAUUUGAAUACUAAAUCAGUUGAUAAAUUGUCUGAUGAUAACUUGUAUGACAGUUCAGUUUGUGUUACUAAUGAGUUAUAUAGUUCCCAAAUUGAUGACAUGAGAAGUGUAGAAAGGACCAUGCAGAUUCAUUCCAGAACUACAAUGAAACAAACAAAAACUAAAUCUAUUAAAAAUCAUGUAGAAAGGGUUUUGAAGUCAGGAUUUUUAUCAAAUGAAGAAAGUUUGCUGUUGAAAAACACAUUAGAACUCAUGAAGAUACUAUCAAAAAUUAAAAAUGUUCAAAAUCAAAUUAACAUUCAUAGGAGAAAUAGAGAAGAUGAAUUUGGUUGUGAAAAUGAAAAGAACAACAAACGUUUUUCAGAAUUGCAUUUUUUAAACAAUCGCCUUGAGCAACUAUCUAAUCAGAAAAAUAAUUAUUUAAAUAAAACUGGAUUAUCAUAUGGUAGAUUAUACAACCGUACAGUUUUAAAUCUUAAAAAUGCCCAAAAAGAAGCUUUUAAGUUACAAGAAAAUGAGAAAAAUAACAAGAAAAGUCCAAACGAAAAUGUUGAUAAAUUAAUUUCUGAUAUUUACAACAUUCAAAUAGUUCUCGAUUAUUUGGAAAAUAAUUGUGGUGGUAAAGAGCUGCCAUGGAGGUCAAGUAAAGGUUGUCCAGGUCACAAAAGAAUGAAAAAAAAACAGUUGAACUGUGUAACUGUAGUGUCUGAUUUGCAAACAAUUGGUGAGCACGAAAUCAUGGAAACUAUAGCCCAACCGUUUUUUAAACAAGUGGAACAGUAACUUGCUCUAAUGUUUAGUAAGCUUAAGUCUGUUAAGGAGUGUUAGUUGUCAUCUUUUUUUUGUAUUUAAAUACAAAGUCUUAGUAACAAUUUAAUUACAAUUUAGUUUUAAAUGACUGUAAAAUGCUAUUAUAAUAAUCCUAUCUAAAAUGCUAUCUAAUAUUAUUUGAGACUUAUUUAUAACUGGUGCCUUUAAAUUAUUUAACUGAUAUUUACUAAUUAAGAAUUAUCUUGCAUUCUUACUACAUAUUUUAAACCAUAUAUUUUUUGUACAAUUUAUGGUCUGUACAUUUUUCUUUAUAUUUACAGAAAAAUGAGAUAUUUUUUUUAAGGUAUGAGAUUUCUUAAAAUUUACCAAUAUACUUAUUUAGAACGAAAAACAGUUGAAGCAUUAAGAAAUUGAAAAAUAUUUAUUGUUCUGAUAUGAUUGUAAUUUUUGGAAAAAAUUUAUUUUUGAUUAAUGGAUUAGGUCUUGAAGAUUGCUCUUCUUUGAACGAUUUUAUUGUUUCCUAGUAUUCAUAACAAAUAUCAAAAAUAAUAAAUAAUAUAUAAGACACGUGAAUUUGAAGCAGGACUAAUUUAUAAGUUUAAUAAGUACUACACAGAAAAUUAGUUCAUAUAUUAUUCAGCAUGUUAUAAAAAACAAUUGUCUGUACAAUAAAUUAUUUAAUAAAUUA